UUGCUUGGUAGAUUAUGACCUGUGGUCUACCGGGGAUGGGGAAAAUCUUUUAUGUCGUGUGCAUUGAGAUUAUAACACAGCCAAGCAAGACUAAGGACUGCUGACCUUACAGGUUCAUUUGAUGGGUUUUUUUAUCUCCCAGAAAGCUUCCUUCUACCUUGACAUGGAUGUGAAUGGAGAGUCCCAAAGCCUGCUAGAGACGGAGUCCUGAGAUGGAUGCCUCUCUCGUCCUCGUGCCUCUGUUGCACCAAAAGCAUGCCGAAAUCCCUGGGACUCCUUCUGCUGUGGGUCUUGCUCCAGAAGAAAGCAGAGACUAGCUCCCCUGGAAAUUCAGCCAAAGAUAUGUUUGAAGUGUGGCAGCAGUAUCAGAUGGACUGCAACCGCAAGAUGUCUGAGGAUCCGCAGCCUACCGGCCUGGUGUGCAACCGUACCUUCGACAUGUAUGCCUGCUGGGACGAUGCCCUUCCCAACAGCACCGCCAGGGUUCCCUGUCCUUGGUAUCUUCCUUGGUAUCCGCAAGUGCAAGAUGGCUUCGUGUUCCAGAAAUGUGGUGCAGACGGGCAAUGGGUGCAAGACGAGACAGGCCAUCCUUGGCGCGAUCACUCUCAAUGUGAGGACCUCCCCGAAGACCUUCCCUUCCAGAAACGCUUGUGGAUUCUAGAGCAGUUUCGGCUGAUGUACACCAUGGGCUACUCCGUUUCUCUGAUGGCUUCGCUGGUGGCCUUGGCCCUGCUGUCCACCUUGAGGAAACUUCGGUGCAUCCGCAAUUACAUCCACAUGAACCUCUUCCUGCCCUAUAUGCUGCGCGCCAUCUCCAUCCUCACCCGGGACGCACUUUUACGGCUCCGCUUUCCCGAAGACUUCCAGAAGGAGGGAGAUUUCUCUAGCUUUCCUAUGGGACAGGCUGGGGCCAGCUGUCGCCUGGCGCAGGUCCUCACCCAAUACUGCGUCUGUGCAAACUACUACUGGCUCCUGGUGGAAGGACUCUAUCUCCACAACUUGCUGGGACCUCUGGCCUUCUCCGAAGAGAGCUAUUUCCCAGGCUAUCUGUUACUUGGAUGGGGGUCUCCAAUCCUUUUUGUCAUACCCUGGGUGAUUGUGAGGUACCUCUACGAAAACCACGAAUGCUGGGAGAGAAAUGAUAACAUGGGCUUCUGGUGGAUCAUUCGCUGUCCUAUUCUUCUCGCCAUCUUUGUCAACUUGGUGAUCUUCAUCCGCAUUAUCAAGAUCUUGGUUUCCAAGCUCCAGGCACAACAAAUGCGUUAUGCAGAUUACAAAAUGCGGCUGGCCAAGUCGACACUGACCCUCAUUCCCUUGUUGGGCAUCCAUGAAGUGGUGUUUGCUCUGGUUACCGAAGAGCAGGCUCAAGGCACCUUGCGAUACGUCAAAUUCUUCUUUGAGCUCUUCCUCAACUCCCUCCAGGGCCUUCUGGUGAGCAUACUCUACUGCUUCAUCAAUAAAGAGGUCCAGUCUGAAAUCCAAAGGAAAUGGCAGCGGUGCCAAUUGGGAGCCGGACUGCUUGAGAAGCAAGGGCACAGCCUCAGCCGAUGGGCUUCCUGGCGCAGCCGAAGCAGCCAUGGCAAAAAGGCUGGCUUUCUGCAACCCUGUGGCCGCCCCGGACAACCAAGCCUCCCCAAGGGCUUUGAGGCAAACCUUACCACCAGCAAACCUUACUGCUACGUCCCAGUUAAGUCCGAGGAAAAAGCAGAAAACUUACUCGGUCCCACGGAGGGUCUUCCCUGCAUCACUGGCCCGGAAAAUGCAUGCUGAUCCCCAUUUAUUUAUUUAUUUUGCUUGAGUUUCAUAUCCUCCAACAUUUCACAGACAUAUUGUCGAACAACAUCAGAGGACAAAAGUUGUUAAGGAGGAUGGACACACUAAACUAGGAGAGGCUGCAGCAGUUUGCUUUUGCCUGAGCUGACCGGGAAGGGCCAACACUGUAUUAAUUGCAAUUUUUUUUUUUGCAAUUUGAACUCCAUUGGCAGGAAUUGAACAAAGCUGAGGACAAGUGGAGAAGAGGGACAUUUCAAAAGCAGCUGGGAAAGGCUUCAUUGGGACUGCCCUGCCAGAUCAGAACAAUUGAACGAGUUUUCUCUCCCUACCUGCUGAAAGAAAAUAACAUGGUUUUUGAACUGUUGGGGUGAAGGGUCUCAUCAUGUCUAGAUAAAGACACUUGCAAACUUUGGAGGCCACCAAAGCUUCAAAUCUGGGCUACUAACUUGAAAGAAUAUAUAUAUUUGCACCUGAUAAUGGAUUAAAAUGUGAAAGAACUGUUUUUUCUUCCCAAAACAGGGCUCAAAUAGUGACUGGAAAUUUUUGGGACCUUUCGCAGUGCGGACUUAUGGCACUACGAUCCCAAUUUAACUGGGAUCUGUAGUUCAAAUCCUGGGA